GGGAGAGGGCGCGCGGGCAGCGUAGGCACUGCUCCGCACUCCAGUCCAGUUGCUCCUCUUUCUUUCCGUCACUAUUAUUCCUCGCGUCCUUUGCCCCGGAAGUGCUCUUACAGCAGUGGCUGCCGGCGUGACUUUGAGCGCCACCCGGUACUCUGCAGGCAGCUGAACCGACCCGGAGCUUCGGGACUUUGACGUGUGUUCUGCGCUUGCCAUGAGGCUGCUGGGAGCCGCCGCCGUCUCGGCUCUGGGGCGUGGAAGCGUCCCCUCCUUUCUGGGCUGGCAAAGGAAGCAGGUUAAUUGGAAAGCCUGCCGAUGGUCUUCAUCAGGGGUGAUUCCUAAUGAAAAAAUACGAAAUAUUGGAAUCUCAGCUCACAUUGAUUCUGGGAAAACGACAUUAACAGAACGAGUCCUUUACUACACUGGCAGAAUUGCAAAGAUGCAUGAGGUGAAAGGUAAAGAUGGAGUUGGUGCUGUCAUGGAUUCCAUGGAACUAGAGAGACAAAGAGGAAUUACUAUUCAGUCAGCAGCCACUUACACCAUGUGGAAAGAUGUCAAUAUUAACAUUAUAGAUACUCCUGGGCAUGUGGACUUCACAAUAGAAGUUGAAAGGUCCCUGAGAGUGUUGGAUGGUGCAGUCCUUGUUCUCUGUGCUGUUGGAGGGGUACAGUGCCAGACCAUGACUGUCAGUCGUCAGAUGAAGCGCUACAACGUUCCAUUUCUAACUUUUAUUAACAAAUUGGACCGAAUGGGCUCCAGCCCAUCCAGGGCCCUGCAGCAAAUGAGGUCUAAACUAAAUCAUAAUGCAGCAUUUAUGCAGAUACCCAUUGGUUUGGAGGGUAAUUUUAAAGGUAUUAUAGAUCUUAUUGAGGAACGAGCCAUCUAUUUUGAUGGAGACUUUGGAGAGAUUGUUCGAUAUGAUGAGAUUCCCACUGAGUUAAGGGCAGCGGCUGCUGACCACCGACAGGAGCUAAUUGAAUGUGUUGCCAAUUCAGAUGAACAGCUUGGUGAGAUGUUUCUGGAAGAAAAAAUCGCCUCAAUUUCUGAUUUAAAGCUAGCAAUUCGAAGAGCUACUCUGAAUAGAUCAUUUACUCCUGUAUUUUUGGGAAGUGCCUUGAAGAACAAAGGAGUUCAGCCUCUUUUAGAUGCUGUUUUAGAAUACCUCCCAAAUCCAUCUGAAGUCCAGAACUAUGCUCUUCUCAAUCAGGAGGAUGACUCAAAAGAGAAGACCAAAAUCUUAAUGAGCUCCAAAAGAGACAAUUCCCACCCAUUUGUAGGCCUGGCUUUUAAACUGGAGGCAGGUCGAUUUGGACAAUUAACUUACAUUCGAAUUUACCAGGGAGAGCUAAAGAAGGGUGACACCAUCUACAACACAAGGACAAGAAAGAGAGUACGGUUGCAACGGCUGGCUCGCAUGCAUGCCGACAUGAUGGAGGAUGUUGAGGAAGUAUAUGCUGGCGACAUCUGUGCAUUGUUUGGCAUUGACUGUGCUAGUGGAGACACAUUCACAAACAAAGACAACAGUGGCCUUUCUAUGGAAUCAAUUCAUGUUCCUGAUCCUGUCAUUUCAAUAGCAAUGAGGCCUUCCAACAAGAACGAUCUGGAAAAAUUUUCAAAAGGUAUUGGCAGGUUUACAAGAGAAGAUCCCACAUUUAAAGUACACUUUGACACUGAGAACAAAGAGACAAUUGUAUCUGGAAUGGGAGAAUUACACCUGGAAAUCUAUGCUCAGAGACUGGAAAGAGAAUAUGGCUGUCCUUGUAUCACAGGAAAGCCAAAAGUUGCCUUUCGAGAGACCAUUACUGCCCCUGUCCCGUUUGACUUUACACAUAAAAGACAAUCAGGUGGUGCAGGCCAGUAUGGAAAAGUAAUAGGUGUCCUGGAGCCUCUGAACCCAGAGGACUACACUAAAUUGGAGUUUUCAGAUGAAACAUUUGGAGCAAAUGUUCCAAAGCAGUUUGUGCCUGCUGUCGAGAAGGGGUUUUUGGAUGCCUGCGAGAAGGGCCCUCUUUCUGGUCACAAGCUCUCUGGGCUCCGAUUUGUCCUGCAAGAUGGAGCGCACCACAUGGUUGACUCUAAUGAAAUCUCCUUCAUCCGAGCAGGAGAAGGUGCUCUUAAACAAGCCUUGGCAAAUGCAACAUUAUAUAUUCUUGAGCCUAUUAUGUCUGUGGAAGUUGUAGCUCCAAAUGAAUUUCAGGGACAAGUAAUUGCAGGAAUUAACCGACGCCAUGGGGUAAUCACUGGGCAAGAUGGAGUUGAGGACUAUUUUACACUGUAUGCAGAUGUCCCUCUGAAUGAUAUGUUUGGUUAUUCCACUGAACUUAGGUCAUGCACCGAGGGAAAGGGAGAAUACACAAUGGAGUACUGCAGAUAUCAGCCAUGUUUACCAGCCACACAAGAAGAACUCAUUAAUAAGUAUUUGGAGGCUACUGGCCAACUUCCUGCUAAAAAAGGAAAAGCCAAGAACUAACUUUUCUUACUUUGAGUUGACUAACUUUAAUUGAAUCUGCGUGGCUUCAUUACUUUGAUGGAUUCCAGUGGAAUAAAUUCAGGCUGCUGAAACAAGAAAUUUUGAGCCUGGGAAGCAGGCUCUUCUUUCUUCAAAAGAAGCCCUUCUUAUUCAUAUCCAGGAGCUUCUGUUCUAUUCAAGGUAAUUCUAUGUCUAUCUCAACUCUAUUGAUUGGUUUUAUAGUUUAUUGAAAAUCCUCAAAUAAAAUAUAAUAAUCAUUGAAAUAUGCUUAAUAUUUAUUUAAGGGGAGAAGAGUUAUACUUUUAAGCUUAGAAUGUAUGUACAUUUCCCUUCCAAGUUUUGUAUUAGAAGACUUUUCAACAUAGAGAAAAACUGAAAAAGUGCAAAGAACAACCACAUGCUUUCCAUCUACCUUCCUUUCGUAACAGGUUAUCAUAUAGUAAUUUGUUUUGUCAUAUUUGCUUUAACUGUCUGUUGUCUCUUUAAGUCUCAUACCUCUGUAUUUUUAAACUAUUAGUUUGCUGAAGACUUGAAAGUGAAUCACAUACAUCAUGACACUCCUUGGAGUGCCAUUAAUGGGCAGGCUUUUCUGUUGAAGAGUAGAUUCCAUAUGAUCUUCAUAGAGAGUGCUUUUCAGAUUCUUCACUGGGCUAUUAAAAUAUUAGCCAAAUUUCUCUCUGUUUUAUAUAUGGCUGAUUAUUUUAAUUUGUAGUUUCUGCAAAUUUGUAACUGCCUCUGUUUUAGCAGUGUAAGUAUUACUUCCUUGUGGUCUAUUGUGAAGUAAAAGUGGACCCUUGCAAAUGCAAUUCUCGUUUUUGUUCAUCUUAAUGUUUCUGUACACCUAAAUCAAAUGUAAUUUAUAAAGUUAGUUUCAUCAGCCUAAUGAAUGCUGCUAAAUUUGAAUUCACUUGAAUUUGUCGUAUAUUGUAUUCACUGAGGUUGUAGAAGAACAAAUGUUAAUCUUUUGUUUCCAGAAUAAGUUGGGCUUUCCCAAGCAGUUCUCCUACAGGGUUCAGAAUUGCUUCAUCCAAAAAUCAUCUGAUGGCAUAGAUGGAUCCUAGUCCUUUCUAUUACCUGAUGAUAGAAAUAAAAUAAUUGAUUUUAAA